AUGUCACAUUCACAAGAUAGGAAUAAUUUUGAAUCAUUUAAUGAAAAAUAUGAAAAAUUUUUUAAAAAUGUUGAAGAUCUUUUUGAGUUACAACGUGGACUUAACAAUGCAUUUGCAUAUGAUUUUGUUCCCAUGCCAUCGGUUAUUGAAGAAGCUUUACGAGCAGCAAGACGAGUAAAUGAUUUUCCUACAGCAGUUAGAAUAUUUGAAGGAAUUAAACAUAAAGUUAAGAACAAAAAACAAUAUCAACAAUAUUUAGAUGAACUUAAAUCACUUCGCGAAGAACUUGGAAUUUCCUUAAAAGAAGAACUUAUGUAA